AUGCUUCAAGAGACCGUCUUUAGCACUCAAAGAAGUUUCGUCGGUAAGAACAUGGCGAGCCUCUCCAUCGUUCAACUUAGUGACGGGGCUAAAGUCCAGGUCAAACUCCUCGGCGACAGCGACGAAACUAAACCUCUCAUCAUAGUCUUGCAUGGUGCGCCUGGUUUAUCCGACCAUAGAGAACCGAUUUCAUCGUUCGGCUUUUUAGCCUCUGAUUGUCGAGUUUUGGUGUAUGAUGCGAGAGGCAGCGGCAAAAGCGAACUGAGGCCGCCUUACACUGAUGAACGUUGGGUGGCUGAUGUAGACGACUUGAGAUCCUGGGCGGGUGCAGAUAAAUUUGUUCUAGCCGGAGGCUCCUACGGAGGCUUUGUGGCCUUGCAGUAUGCUCUUUCACAUCCUGAUCGUCUCCUGGCUCUCAUCCUGAGAGACACAUGGGCAUGCGGCCUUCGUGGGGCCUUCAACUUCAUUAAGACUAUCCUCAUCAGCGACCGAAUCACACCAGACCCAGAUAGGCAGGUCCGACUCAACAGCGGCAACAUUCGAGACAACGAAGACUUUGCUGCUGCCUUUGCAGAGAUUGUUGAAAUCUACAAGCCAAAAGACGAUUCCGCGAGUGUUGGCUCGAGAGACACAACCUUUGAGGGAAACGAUGCACACGAGCACCUGCACUACGAGACGCACAAUUUUGCCUUCUCUUACAACCUUCCGCGGCUUGAUGUGCGGUCACAACUGAAGGAUAUCACUGCACCAACACUCGUUGCAACCGGGAGGCAUGACGUUGUGGUACCUGUUGAAUAUGGAGAAGAAAUCAGCAGGGGUAUCCCAAAUAGCGAGCUCGCGAUCUUUGAGAAGUCCGGCCACAGUCCGCCAACCGAUGAGCCGGAAGCCUUCCGUGAGACGGUCUCCAAUUUUCUCUCAAGACGGCUCAAGUAA